UGGCUCUGCCUCCCGCCAGCUUUUAGCACGCGACACAAUCCCGUGCAGCAAAUCGCCAGAGCUGGACGCACUCCUACUGUACUAAGGGAAAUCUGCUGGUUGUGAUGUUCAGCUGGAAUCAUAACGCCCGCACUAGCGUGAUUGGAGAGAUGCGGAUCGUGGCGCGCCGCCGACCCUUCGGGAUCGCCUAACCACCAAUUGGCAGCCACCCUAGAACGCAAGUAUGCAUCGUCGCUGCACAACUUGCGGGAUCAGCUUUCAGCUUCAGCAUGUACGCCUGUGCAUGUGGACUAAGUUUGUCUGGAUUCGGGGGACGAGAUAUAUGUUGGCAGUUUGGGGGCCACACGAAUAUUUGUCGUUUGUCUUACAUCCAAUUUCCACGUCUUACAGCUGUGCCUCGCCCCUGCUGGCAAGGCGUGCCACCUUCGUGUCUGGGCCCACCGCUUCAAUCGUGCCUCCUCUUGGUACUUCUUCACAUCAACUGACUUGAGUCGUCGCAAUGGAGCCCACAACACCAGUACAAAGCGAACAAAAGCAAGCCGACCAGGACACCUUGGCAAAGCUCACUUCGCCUCCGACUCCUAGACUCACUGAUACUAUCGAGACUGCACAGAGUACUACCGAUGUGCGGAGUACGAACGAGAAAGGCAGCGUGAAUGACACAUCCACAUCAUCAUCAGAGUCUUACAAGAAAGCACCCAACGUCGAAACAGCCGAACUCGACGACGAUGACAGCAGCGAAGAUGGUAUUGACUGGAAACCUGGAUUCCGCCAGCGCUUCCCAUGGAUCGGCUUUUCGGGUUUUGUCCUUAUUCUCUUUGCGACUGCUGCCGCUGUUGGCGUUCUUGGUGCAUCGGAUCAAGAACGCGUCAAGGACUGGCCCUUCACGCGCUUUCCCGUUCAACCUAACGUCCUCAUCAACAUUGCGAAUCAGUUCCAGAAUCUAGGCCUGAUCACAUUCAUUAGUCAGGGCCUGGCCAUUGCGUGGUGGAGGAAGGCCAUGCAAGGCAGCUCCCUGGGUACAUUACAUAGGAACCACGCCUACUCGUACAGCUUCUACUCUAUCGUAACUUCAGGUCGACACUUCAACAUCGUCGCACUUGCAGCGUUGAUGACCAAGUUCGCCGUUAUCGACAGUACACUCUUCCAGAAAGCGACCAAGACCAUUGUCACUCAACAGGUCAACUACAAGAACGUAACAGUAACUGGAUGGGUGGAGACUAACUGGCCGGCAAACAGUGGUGGCAUUCCUGGAGAGGAUGGAGCGAUCAAGACUGUCGAUACAGCAUGGGCUGGUGUGAUCAACGCCUACAAUGGGAAGAUUGCGAAUGGCAAAGUGCAUGACACUCUCGGUGCCAAAGCCUCGUUCUUCGACUGUCCUUUCCGACAAGAAUGCAGUGGAUCGUUCAAAGCCCUAGGAUUUGCGUUUAACUGCAACACCACCAAUGAAUACGUCAACUACGGCCUGCAACAUCGGAGUUCAUCUGGUGGUGUCAACGCCACAUAUCCGCUAUGGGAUCUCUCUUUCAGCCCUUCGUGGGCAUCGGAAACUAAGCCAUACGCCAGUAUCGAUAUGAACAUGAUGUUCGUUGAUAGUCAUGCUGGUGCCAACAGCGAUGACUGCCCCGGCACCCUCACACAACGGACAUGCCAGAUCCGACCCGCCAUUGUCGAAUAUCCCGUCACAGUAAUGGUGCCUUCUGAGGAAGAACUUAAGGGCGGAAACAUUGUUACUCACGUCAAGUUCUACACAGACAACGCUACACACGCAUUCGGAGAACCCAUUACCUCGCAACAGAUCGAUCAUCUCAAGUUUCUGGAGUACGUCGACCUCAAUGAGAAGUUCAACGAGACAUCCACCAUCGGCGCGCUGACCUACGUGCUCAAUAACCUCUACUCCUCGUCCGCAAGUCUCACAUACAAUGACGACUGGGACAUCCAAAUGCGCGGCGGGCAAGCACAAACAACCUUCUUUGUUGACAAGGACACGGACACCUUCAGCCGCUGCUACUACCACAUCGACCAGCCCGGACUAGACGACCCAGCCAUCGAAGUUCUCCGCAAAAUAAACACACUCUCCUUUGUCACCGCCCUGUACCUUAAAGGCCAGCCCAACGUCGCGGUGUCCAACCGCACCCUCGAAGGCAUGUCCUCGCAAUCCGCGGUCAGCAGCGUUACCGGCAUCGUCGAAGAAUACAUCACCGACUUCAACUACGUCGCCGGCGCGCUCGUCGCCACCCUCGUCACCAUCCUACUCGUGCUCCCCGUGUACUGGGGCUUCUGGCAGCUGGGCCGCAAAGUCACGCUCGGCCCGCUGGAGAUCGCAAACGCCUUCAACGCGCCCAUCAUCAAGCCCGAUAACGUAAAGGGCCAGCACGGCGACUUCGAGGAGGUGCUGCAGGAGGUCGGCAAGCGGCGCGUGCGCUAUGGGCAGCUGAAGGAUGCGCCGCCGGGCAGUAUGGGCAUUGCGGAGCCCGAUCACGUUGUGAAGCCGAGUUAUCGCGAGUCGCGGCGCUUUACGCGCGCGCAGCAGGGUGUAGCUGGGGUCGGGGUCGGGGCGACGAUCGGUGGUGUUGCGGCGGUUACACUGGGAGCACGAUAAUGAUACUCGUGCGACGCAGUUUUGCUUUUAGCGGGCGUUUUUGCUACCUUGGA